AUGUACAAGUUCAAGCCAACACAGGGGCGCAACUCAUCCGAGGAGCAGCUCUCAAGCGCAUCCACCAGCAUGGAGGACGACAAGCAAUUCCUGCUCGAUGAAUCUCGUGGUUUCAAAAUGCCAAAGAGAAGUCGCAGCUGGGUGAAUUGGAAGGCAGCAGCAGUGGCAUUCAACGUGCUCCUCUUCGUCGGCGGCUUGUCUGUCUGGGGGCACGUUAUUGUGCUUCUGAAGAGCCUCCGCUGCGAUACCAAGCCCGAGGUGGACCAUUUCGAGCCAGACUUGCUCUACAACAGCGCCGUCACCUUCCAGCCGCACGCAUACAUGGGCGGCGCACCCAGCAACGCAACAGACGAGAUGUGGCAGCGGCUGUCACCGCCGGGCGACGGCAUUGUCGAGGUGCCCAACGAGUUCACCCACAACCUACCUGCCUCUCUCCCCGCACCCAACAACCCGGAGACGCAUAAGGUGUACGGAGUGUCUAUGUUCCACCAGCUGCACUGCCUGAACUUCCUGCGGUUCGCCUACUAUCCGGAGGCGGUGACGGACAUGACGGCCGAGGAGGUCGUGUUCCACCGCGACCACUGCCUCGACUACAUCCGGCAGGCCAUCAUGUGCGCGGGCGACGCCACCUUCGAGCCGCUGACCAAGGUCGGCAUCAACGGCAUGGGCGCGACGCACCAGUGCCGCGACUUUGAGCGGGUGUUCAGCUGGGCCUACGAACACAGGUCGGACAAGCAGCACGGAUCGGGCUACAAGGGCGGCAAGGUCACCCACACGCCCGGCCACCGGAACGACUUUGACGAGGACGAGGCGGAGGAGGGCGGCCACCACCAUCACUGA